AUGCUAUCGGUACUAAUUUUAUUUCAUUGCGUAGUAAUCAUCUUCAGUCAACGCCUGAUUUACUCGCAUUUCGAUAAUCCAAAUGAUAAAGAUCAAUUUAAAAUAGAUUUUGAAAGUGGAAGCUACACCAUAGAAGCAAGUUGGUAUAAAGCGUACUCUAACGCUCAAGAUGGAAGUGCAAAGGGAAGAUCUGAGCUCCGAAGAGAUAAUAUAAUAUCAGGCAAUGGAGCUAAACGUUACUUUAAAGCAAUUUAUUUCAUUCCCAAUAAUCUUGGUAAUCAAGCUGGUAUCAUUGGACAAGGUAUAGAACAAGUACCCGGUGCUCCAUGGAAUCCAAUCUUUUUUUGGAUGGCAUGGCCAGGAAAUGGAGUUGAACUGUCUGUUUAUGCUGAAACAGGUCCUAAUCCAAUUAUUAAAAAAAUUACAACUGAAGAUCCAAGAGGCAGAAUGCAUACAAUAGAAAUGUGGGCUUAUUUUACGACUAACAAUGAUGGAUGGAUGGAUGUUCGUUAUGAUAACGGACCAGUGAAAACUAUCCACUCUGGAAAAACAUUGCCAACUGGCAGAUAUCCAGGAGCUUUCAAAGUUGGUACUUAUGCGGGCUAUUAUGGAAAAUUUAACUCUGAAGUUUGGGUACAUAUGGUCGAAGUUAUUGCUGAUGGAGCUCCUCCGAAUUCAAUUAGUGGUCACAGUUUUUAA